GACGAAAAUGAUGGCAGAACAUUCCCAAUCGGUUGGCGAGUUCGAUCGUGUUCAGUCGUGUUUUGUCUAAAAGAAAAAUUUUUUUUGAAACGACUGUUACUGUCUGGAUUGUUUAACUACCUUGUAUCGGCGCCUCUCGAGGCCUCCAACCUCCAACUUUUGUAAUUUACGCCGCUUGCGGCUUAUACGACGAGUGGAUCGCCCGGGCCUUAUUUAGAGCAGUAUUGCUUGACGGCCAAAUUAUAAAAAGAAGACAACAACACAAGAGGGGCGCAAAUCUCGCAGAUUUCCGACGAGGAAGAAGUCGAGAUCUCUUCGUCGCAGUACCGAAACGUACACGGGUCACUGUCCCACCCUUAAUUUCGCGUUGGAAAGAGAUUCGGAGCCAAAUUCCAGUAUGGAGGCGGAAGAGCAUCCAACUUCUCAGGAUAAAGAGAUUAAAAAAGAUUGUAAUAACGAAGCUACGUUUUGCAAGGCAGCUCCGUACACUCAAGGAUAUACCGGAUUUAUUCCUGGCCGCAACGACAGGCAUACCUACGGCAUGACUUUCAUGAAAGCCGUGGAAGUCGGUGGCAAAGAGUGGCACAAAACGCAAGCGAAUCUGUGGGAACAGGACGCGAUAAGGGCUCACGCUCUGACAGAGCGGACAGAGCCGACACAUCUUCUAUCUGGAGCGAGGGCAGAUAAUGUGGACUUUGAGACCGAUGACGGUGAUGGCAAAGACAGAAAAACCUACGAUUAUAAUGUCGACUCAGAAAAACCGCCGAUCCCUGGUUAUACAGGCCACAUUCCAGGAGCGAGACUUGAAGUUGAUCAUUCCAAGGGGUACGGUGAAUCCGCCCGGAUAGGAUUUCGAGCUGUCCAAAAGGAACGUGAUGAGAGGCACGCCAAGGAGGAUAUGGGCUAUUAAACGGCUAUUGAACUUUCGUGUUAUUUCAUAAAAAUGUAUUUAGAUAUAAUGGUAUAUAAUUUUUACAUUAUUAUUAUUAAGGGGUUAGUCUACUCUAGAUCGGGCAGAAACAGGCGAAUUUUCAGGAAUUAAUUUCAGACAAAAUAUCGGUGAUACAUGAAUGAUUUUUUUUUUUAUUAUCUUUAUUAGGGUUUCAAGAACAUGUACCAAUUUUUUGGUGUAAAAAGAUUUCAAAAUGGCGAUGAGGCACUCCUUCGCGCGCAAUUAUGCUUUUCAAACGGUGUACAUGGUUUCUGAAAUGUGGGUGGUCUGAAAAAAAAAUAUGGUCAUUAACUAUAUUGUAUUGUCUUCGGAAUGACGGAGCUUUUUUUCUCUCCUUGUUUUUGGCGUCAAGAAAAAAAUUCUUGAAUUUUUCACUGCAUUUUUGAAAAAUUCAGGAAUUUUUUUCUUGACGCCAAAAACGAGGAGAGAAAAAAAGCUCCGUCAUUCCGAAGACAGUACAAUAUAGUUAAUGACCAUAUUUUUUUUUUUUCAGACCAUUCAUAUUUCAGAAACCAUGUACACCGUGUGAAAAGCAUAAUUGCGCGCGAAGGAGUGCCUCAUCGCCAUUUUGAAAUUUUUUUACACCAAAAAAUUUGUACAUGUUCUUGAAACCCUAAUAAAGAUAAAGAAAAAAAAUCAUUAAUGUAUCACCGAUAUUUUGUCUGAAAUUAAUUCCUGAAAAUUCGCUUGUUUCUGCCCGAUCUAGAGUAGACUAACCCCUUAAUGAAAUAAUUACAAAAAUACGUAGAAAAUAAAUAUUAGUAUCGCAUGA